AUGGAGCCGCCCGCGCCGCCUCAGGAGCAGCCGCCGCGCCCGCGCUCGCACACGGUCACCACCACCAGCAGCUCCUUCACCGCCAACCUGUCGGCCAGCUCCAGCACCCUCGCCUACGACAGGGAGUUCCUGCGCACCGUGCCUGGGCUCCUCAUGGUGACCGAGAUUGUAUUGGGGCUGCUGGUGUGGACUCUCAUUGCUGGAACAGAAUACUUUCUAUAUCCAGCCUUUGGCUGGGUGAUGUUUGUAGCUGUGUUUUACUGGGUUCUCACCGUCUUCUUUCUGAUCAUCUACAUGACAAUGACCUACGCCAGGAUCCCACAGGUGCCAUGGACCAUGGUGGGUCUGUGUUUCAAUGGAAGUGCCUUUGUUUUGUAUCUCAUUGCUGCCAUUGUAGAUGCAUCUUCAGUUACCAAAGAUCUGGACAAUCACAAUUACAACAGCUGGGCAGCUUCUUCAUUCUUUGCCUUUGUGGUUACCUCCUGCUAUGCUGGAAAUACGUAUUUUAGCUUUAUAUCCUGGCGAUCACGAACUUUGCAGUAAAUACUUUGUUAAAGUCAAUUCUGUAGUGUAAAGUACCUUGAGAAUUAUCCACUUUUGAUAAAAGCCUGGAAGAGGGGUGAGGUAUUUUUGAACAUUUCCCUUAGAAUUUACACAAUAUAAACCAAGACCAAAUGAUUAUUUAUAAUAACGCUGUCUUUAGAGAUAUUUUUAACCUGACUUUGUACUAUAUAAUAAAAUUUCAUACUGCUUCUUUUAAAAUUAACAUGGUAUUUUUCUAGACAUUGUAUAGUUGUUACUACUAGACCUUUAAUACAUCUUAUUCAAUGUGCCACUUUGUAAAUGUAACUUUUUAAAUGUCACAGGUAUGCUUUUGAUACUGAAUGCUACCAAAACUAAGAUUGAUAUUGUAUCAUUAUUAUAUGAUAAAAGUGACAUUGUGCAGGAAAAAACACCUGAAAGU